ACAGUGCAUUAUUAAUCUCUAAUGGUUUUUUUCAUUAAUCUCUAAUGGUUUAAUCUCUAAUAAUCUUUUCGUGUUGUAGUGCGCGUUUAGGAAUGGGCGCUCCGGAUUGGUCGAGCGAUUUGACACGCAGUCUCAAUCGUAUGACUCAAGAUAUUAAUGAACAAGUGCAACAUUUUACCCGAAAUUUGCACGCGCAAAUAGAGGAAAACGUACAGAGGUCAUUGCAACCGGCGCUCGAACAAGUUCAAGAAACAAUUAACAACUUACCGAGAGAUGCACAUGGACGUAUAAUAACAAAUGGCAAUAUAAUAAGCAAUGGCAAUAUAAUGAGUAUCACUUCUCAAAAUGGUAUAUCGAAAAUAGUCAUGUCCGGUCGUACACCAGAUGGAGAACCGUACGUGCGCAUUAUCGAAGAACGACACGAAGGGAAUGUUCUUUAUCACAGCGAAACUACUUCCAAUCCAAAAACAGGUGCCACUGAGAGCAUUCGCUGGAAAUUGGACCUCGCAACUCCAGGCGCCAAGCCUGAGAUUCUGACGGAUGAGAAAUAAAAAAUAUGCUUUUAUUAUUAUACCCUGUAUUACGUUGCAUCACUUGCUUUGCUUAACUUUUAUAUAAAAGAAUUAUUGCUUAAUUUAUAACAAACUUGAAAAAAAAAAAGAAUGAUAAAGUUAUAAUUGUGAAGUGUUGAUAGAUAAUAAAAUAGAUAGUAGGAGGAAUUACAAGUUUCAAUUGUAGAA